UGCCACACCCGCGUCAGCUCAGGUGAGGGGGCCGGGCCUGCCCGGGGCUGGGGUGGUGGCACCAGGCCUCGGUGCGGCGGCCGGGCCCUUCGUGAGGGGAGGCGGCGGCGGCAACAACCCGGAACUGCCGGAGCCGCCGCGGGAGCCAUGCCGCCGCCCAAGGACGUGGUGAAGAUCGCCAUCCAGAUGGUGGGAGCCAUCCCGCAACUCAUCGAGCUCCAGCAGACCAAGCCGCUCGCCUCGGUGCUCAAGGACGUCUGUGAUGCGUGGAGCCUGCCCAACGCCGAGCGCUACGCCCUGCAGUACGCGGACGGGCGGCAGACCUACAUCACCGAGUCGAACCGCAGGGACAUUAAGAACGGGAGCAUCUUACGGCUGACCACCUCCCCGGACCAAGAAGCAGAGCAGUUGUAUAUCGGGAUCCAGAGCAAGAACGUGGAUGUGAAGACUGACUCACUGAAGAAGCUUGCGAGCCUCUCCCAGGACAUUACCUUUGCUCAAGAGUUCAUCAGCAGGAAUGGCUUGAAGCAAAUCUACUCUAUUGUAGAAGAAGGGAACGAUACAGGGGAGAUGCUGGCUCAUACCCUCAAAGCCUUCACAGAGCUGAUGGAGCAUGAUUUUGUUUCCUGGGAAAAUCUUAGUACAGUCUUCAUCAAGAAAAUCGUGAGUUACGUCAACAUGAAUGCAGUGGAUGCAUCUAUCCAGCAGCUCUCCUUGUCUAUCUUGGAGAAUAUGGUGCCUACCAGUCGCCUCCUCUUUGAGGUGGUCAAAAAAGAAGUGACGUUGGACCGCCUUCUCACCCACCUGCAGGUGACAAAUGCCCAGCUGCAGCUGAAGGCGAUGGCUCUGCUCAUUGCGCUGCUGCUGAGCGCCACCGACGCCGAGCGGCGGGAUAUGAUGGACUACCUGAGGGAGAAGAACAUCAGGCAGUUUAUCCACAAGAACAUUAUCCACAGCUCCGAGCCACUGGGGGAUGAGAUGGCCCAUUAUCUUUACGUGCUGCAGUCUGUCAGCCUCAACUUGUGUGAGCAUCGCAUGAAAAUGUCCAUGGAUCCCUACUCACAGGAGCAGCGGGAUCUCCUCCAGUCCCUGCGCCAGACUGCUUUUGAGUCGGAGAGCGAGGCGCCUGCUGGCACCUUCAGCACCGAGCGCCGGCGGUCCCUGUGUGCCAAGGAAUUCCGCAAGCUGGGCUUCAUGAACAACAGCAACCCAGCAGAGGAUCUCCGCCGUGCCCCACCAGGACUCCUUGCCCUGGACAACAUGGUGUAUUUCUCCAGGAACACCCCUAAUGCCUACAGCAGGUUUAUCCUCGAGAACAGCAGCCGGGAAGACAAACACGAAUGUCCCUUUGCUCGAAGCAGCAUCCAGCUCACCCUGAUCCUCUGCGAGAUCCUGCACAUUGGAGAGCCAUGCUCGGAGACGGCUCAGGCCUUUUACCCUAUGUUCUUCGGGCAGGAUCAUUUCUUUGAAGAGCUGUUCUGCAUCUGCAUCCAGCUGGUGAACAAGACCUGGAAGGAGAUGAGAGCAACGCAGGAAGACUUUGACAAGGUGAUGCAGGUGGUGCGGGAGCAGAUCACCAGGACCCUGUCCCUCAAGCCCACGUCCCUGGAGCUAUUCAAGACCAGAGUGAAUGCACUGAACUACAGCGAGAUCUUGAAGCUGCGGCAGACGGAGCGGCUGCACCAGGAGGAGACGCUGGCCGUGCCUGUGCUGGAGCUGCGGGAGAAGCUGAAGCCGGAGCUCCUGGAGCUGAUCCGACAGCAGCGCCUGCUGCACCUCUGUGAGGGAACCCUCUUCCGCAAGAUCAGCAGCCGCCGCAGGCAGGACAAGCUGUGGUACUGCCGCCUGUCCCCCAACCACAAGGUGCUGCACUAUGGGGACGUGGAGGAGGGGGUGCAGUCUCCCCCCAUCGAGAACCUGACAGAGAAAAUUCCUGUGGCAGAUAUGAAGAUGCUGCUGGUGGGGAAGGAGUGUCCACACACAAAGGAGAAGAGCUCUGGGAAGCAGAACAAGGAUGUCCUGGAGCUGGCCUUCUCUAUUGUGCACGAUGUGGAGGAAUACUGCCUCAACUUCAUUGCCCCCACCCGGUACGAGGUGAGCUCCAGGGUCCCCUGGGGUGCACACAGUGCCCAAGAUGUCUCUGCCAGGGCACAGCAGUCAGGGGAGGAGCUGUGUGUGUCCCUGGGGGGUUGAAGCCACAGAGGGGAGAGAUGGGCUCUCUGGCGGCCCAGGGCUAGUGCCAGAGGUGCCCAUGCUCUGCUUCCCCAGUUCUGCCUCUGGACGGAUGGGCUGAAUGUGCUUUUGGGCAAGGAGAUGACAAGUGAGCGAACACAGACAGACCUCGAUGUCCUGCUGUCCAUGGAGCUCAAGCUGCGACUCCUGGACCUGGAGAACAUCAGCAUUCCUGACGACCCCCCUCCCAUCCCAAAGCCUCCCAGCAACCUAAAUUUCUGCUAUGACUUUAGCCAUGCAGAGCAGUGAGUUCCUCCCUGUUCCCUGUCCCCACCCUCUAUGGCCCUCAAAAUCAAGCCCCCCAUCUCCAGGUUCUGUGUCUCAUCUCUGGCCCAAAGGGACAGGCCAGGUGCUGGCUGGGGCCUUGGGUGUUCCACCCUUCCCUGCCUGUGUCCUGCCUCCUGCAAGACCAUGGAAUGAGCCACCAAGCAUUAGCCUCCUGUUCCAGAGGGGUGAGCUGGCUGCUCUGCCCCCCUGCCAUGGGGAGGUGAGAUGAAAUACAGGCAGUCAAACCCCUCUGUGGUGGCACUGAUUCCCCACACUGCAGUCAGGCUUUGGGCAGAGAGGGCAAGGAUGUGGACUGGAAUAAAGGUACAGGCAGCCCUGGGAUAGCUGGAGGGGGAGUUACACUACAAAGGUACGAAUCUGCACUGCCUCACUUUCGCCAUCAGUGUAGGGGAUCCUUUCUGGACAACAAAGUGGUUAGAAAGAGGAUGGAACACACCUUUCCAUUAAGUUUGUCAAGCAGAUGGCAUCUCCAGGGCACGAUGUGCCUGCCCUGCCAGGUCCCUCCUGCACUGAAAGGUGUAUUUGCUGAGCCCUCUGCACUGUGCUGGAAUGGGGGUGAUUAGGGUACAAGCCCGUUUUUCCCAGCACCAUUCAGCUGGGCCUGGUGUGAGGAGCAGACCCUGGUGUGCCCAUCGUGCCAGUUCUGGUGCCUUCCCCACCUGGGGCAGAUAGAUACCUGCACACUUCAGCCAUGCUGCUGCACUACUGCACCACAAGCUACCUCCUCCCCGGCCCCACAGCCCCACCCCAGGGCCCUGCACCUCCUCGUGCCUGCAGCUUCUCCCAAGGGUGCUGUGCAAACAGCCACAGGUCGGUGGGGAUCCAACCGUGCCUCUGUCCCCUGUGUAUUGGGACAAUAAACACUUGUGGAGAACUCGGA